AUGAGUGGAAAUGAAGCGACACGGUUUUUCGAUACGUCCGGUUGUUUAAAUCUGCAACGUCCAACAACCGGAACGCCAAUUAUAUCGUCAUCAUCAUCGUACAGACGCUAUGAACGUCGACGACCUGUUAGCAGCUCAAUAGUGAACCGCGGUCAAUUGAAAAUUGAUCUCUAUAAUUUUGACCAUAUUGAUUAUGCUGAUUCGAAAUAUGUUCUAACGAGUCCACGUUCACUUGAAGCCUGUUCUCGGUUAAAUAUAAAGCCUAUAACAUUGCUCCCAAAACGAUUGGCUGAUAUACAAGAUGAUAUUGGCUCCGAGAAAGUUCGUCUUUCAACAUUAUCAAACGUACGAGAUCAAAUGGAGGUCGAUCGAUUAGCUAAAUUGCAACGCUGUCGGGAAGAACGCGAAAAAAUUAUUCGAGAAGAAACACUUGCACAUGCUUCAAGAUCGCGAACAGUAGAUCCGCAACCCACACAUGUGCAUGAAACUUCAAUACGCCGACGGCCAUAUUCUGAAACACGAUUCAAUCCAUCGAGUUCCCUUGUUCAAGGUCUUCAUGAACCAACCACAAUUAGUAGUGUCCCAACACAUUCUCACUCAAGCACAGGAAUAAGAUAUCCAGAAUAUGAAGUGAAUGCCGAUCUUCCUCCAAGACCAACAUCGGCAACUCGUUCUACCGUCUCAAACUCGAUUCUGAAGUCUUCAAGUGCUCGAUGGCCACCUCCAGUGCCUUCACCCUAUUAUCAAAAUGGUGAUCGCGAUGACCAGUACGAUCCUCGAGCUUCGACUUCAGCCCAUUUCGUCGACGAUGUUCGCCGUUUGAACAAAAGUCUCCAGCGUAUGAGUACAUCCGAUACUGUAUCAAAGCAACAUAACAACGAUCGAUAUAUGAAUGGUUUGGAAAAUGUCAAAGAGAUCAUCGAGCGACGCGCAGCACGUUCAGCAGUACGAGAUGAUCCUGAGGUGGCCGCUUUUGAAAAGAAACAAUAUGAAAUUUUACUCGGACAUUAUGAUCAUGAAUUGAAAAUUCAAAAGGCAAGAGAGAAUGCUCGUCGAGCGGAAACGGAAAAAGAAAUCGAACGAUAUUCAUCGUUAUUACACGACCUUUCGGAUCAAACAAUGGCUGAUGAGCGUCGACAAACUGAACUUCGUCGCAAAGUCGAUAAACUUCGUCAUACUCGGCACCUGUAUGAAACUUUACAAGCAAAGAAUUACGAACAACAAUUACUUGAUUUACAAAAGCGUCGAUACGAAUUAGGUAAUGAUCUUAGACAAAAAGAUCAACGAACCAGACACUUCAUCAAAGAUAAACAAGAGGCGAUGGAUUUAUCUCGCUCGUUGGCGAAAUCAUCUCAAGAUCUUCGAGAAUAUCUUCGUGAAACGAAUGAAACCUUUGACGAUCGAGCGAAGAAGGCAGAAUUAACCAGCAGUGUUCUAGUUAAAAAAGCGAAUAAAGCGCCUGCUAAUCGUCGACAUUUACAAUCAUCAUUACGAACAUAG